CUCCUUCCCCAGACUCCGCCCCCUCCGCUCCUUCCACCUCUUCUCCCCACCUGCACGCCGAGACCCACCACUUCGGAGGAGCAGCCGCCGCCUCGCCUCGCCUCGCCGCCGCCGCCGCCGCCGCCGCUCUCGCUGACAUCUCCCUCGUGUCGUCUCUGGAUUUUCACCCGAGGCCCUUCCAGAUUUCUCGGACAAGAAAAGGAGGCUCCUUGACUUGAUCAGUUCUGGGGAGGAGCGGGAUGGGGAGGCGAUGGUGGUGAGGAGAUAAGGGGUCGCAGAGAUACAGGGCGAUGGGGAGCUGCGCGGGAGAGGAGGAGGAGUGGCCCGGCGGCGUGACGGGGGCGGACGCCGAGGUCGGGGCGCUCGUCUGGGUGCGCCGCCGCAACGGAUCCUGGUGGCCGGGCCGGAUCCUCGGCAUGGAUGAGCUGCCCGAGAACACCGUCAUCCCUCCGCGCUCCGCUGGCACGCCCAUCAAGCUACUCGGCCGCCCCGACGGCAGCAUUGACUGGUAUAAUCUCGAGAAGUCUAAACGUGUGAAGUCAUUUCGUUGUGGAGAAUAUGAUGAAUGUAUACAAAAAGCAAAGGCUCUAGCUCGCCAUCAAAAGAAGACACAGACUGAAGGGAGGUAUGUUCGCCGAGAGGAUGCCAUUAUCCAUGCCCUUGAAAUUGAAAGGUCCCGUUUUCCAAAUAACUAUGAUGAUGAUCUUGAAGAGGACACCGAUGAUGAUGUUUGUGCAUCCCAGAAUAUCUAUUCUGCAAAAUCUAAAAACAUAAAUGGGUUCAACAAAAGAUCUUCUCGUGGCGCAAGGAGUAUGUAUGAUAUAGAAGAAAGUUCAGCUCAAGAUAUGUCUCAAGCCUUGACAGUGUAUAAAAAGCCACAGAAUUUAUCCUCUUCAAGUACUAGGUAUGCAUCAUCAAAAAAGAAGAAGCGUAAAGGACGUAAGAAUUUCGAGGAUGAUACAGUUCAAGGAUUCCAGCGUAUGAGAGAUCUUAGGGAGAUUGGAACAAAGAAUGUUACCAAGCAGAAGUCUGGUGCGGGCAUCUUUUCUGAUGUACCUCUUCUUGAAAGUGGACCAAGCUUUGGCUAUGAUUUGUCCAGUACUAAUGGGAUAAAAAAGGGCAAGCAAUCUCAUUCAUCCAUAAAAAAGAAACGAUCCAAUAUCGGGCAAUCCUAUGAAAAUUCAAGGAAGAAAGAUAGGCAUCGUCCUCUGUCGAAGUUAUGUGAAGAUCCAGAAGCGUCUGGAACAUAUUAUCACUGGGACCCUUCAGGCCAGUCUUCUAGCCAGUACCCAGGAGGCCAGAUGCCCAAUAUGUUUGAACCAAGUAGGGCAAAAACUAUUUUUUCAACUGAUGUAAAUAACUGUUCCUACAGCUCAGGCACUUCAAGUUUGGAGACAUUAUUAGAUACAUCACACAACAAUCACAAAGGUUCUGCCAUCUCUGAUGGUGAUAAAUUUUUUGAUGAUGUUCUGGAGGAAGGUCAUGUUGAUACUUAUGGAUCUUGUACGUCCAUAAAGGAUCAGAUUUCAGAGCCGAUUAAUCAAACUACUGACUGUGGCAUAGUUGGUACAUCUUCAACUCGGCAUCAUAGAAGUUCCAAGAAGAAAAACAUAAGCUCUUUUGCUCAGAUACCUGAAGAAAGCCGCAUGAAGGAUAACAAUUCGCUGCUAAAGCAGUAUGAAGGGACAAUAAAAUUGGAUGGUGGUGUCUUUAGGCCUACUGAACUUGAGGAUAGUAUACGACAUGCAACUCCUGAGCAUGAAGAAUCCUCUGAAACUAUAAGCAACCAUUCAAACUCUGAGAAGGGCACAACAUCAUUACCAUAUUAUGUUCCACUGCAAGUACUACCACCGCUUGAACCGCAGCCUGAUCUGAAACCUCCAAGAUGCCCUGUAACGAGGCCGCCAACCAAGAGAGCGCGUGCAGACCAUAGAUUAUAUGAUGUUGAGCUGACUGUCCGAAGAAGCCAGAGGGGUCAUCCCGUGCCCCUUGUUUCCCUCAUGAGUAAAUGGACAGGUAAACAAAUUGUUGGGUACCCUGUCACUGUGGAGGUUUUGGAGGAUAGUCGUCCCGCAGCAAGUAGAGAUGAGCACUGCCCAGCAAUGAGCAGUCUCGACUCCUUACUGAAGAGCAGAGUUACAGAACCACGGCAAGCAAGAUCUUCAAAUGCAUCACGAUCAAAAUCUAAGUCUAGUUGUCGGAAAAAGGCCUCGGAGCAUGAUUUGGACAAGUCCUGGCGGCCCCAUGCCAAGAAACCAGCAUCUUCACCGAGGAAAAUGCGGAGGCUCUCAUCUUUUGCUGGCAGCCGGAGGGAGAGCGGAGACAGGAAGCCUGUGGUCGUGAAAACUGGUGGACCUACUGUUGCAUGCGUUCCACUUCGACUCGUCUUCAGUAGGAUCAACGAAGCACUAAGCUUCUCAGUGAGGCAAGAAAACCCCACCUGAAGAUGUGGUGGGCAGGAGAGCACCUUUGCAUGGCAGGGAUAGUAUGUGGGCAGGCAUAUACAUUUGCUAGGUUUUCUUUUGUACAUUAGUUACCCUAUAAUCUAAAAUCUGAAUGCCUGGCAUGUUUACAUCAGUAUCAUGUCUUUUGUAAUCUGUAAACGCGAUAGGUGGUUAUUACUUACCCUCCUGGAGAUUCAGGUGGAAGAGCCUAUGUUGGGAGGAAAUAAGGGGAAUCAGUUGCUGCGGUUUCUCCUGACGGUGGAAGAGAAAUGGCAGCAGCCCAGGUUCGCUAUA